UUGUAAUAAACUUCCGGGUUAAAGGUUGGUCUUUCUUGGCGGGGAAGUUCCUCCGUAUCUUUCCGUAAACUGCAAAUUGUGCUGUCAUUGAAUGGUCUGUUUGGGACGAGUUGUCUGUUAAACAUGGAUCGAUCAUAUUCUGGUGAGAACUCAUCUUCAGUUCAAAUUCUGCAGAACCUGGCAAGGAUGGCAUCGACUGGCGAAAAUAGUGCACCCAAAUCGGUUAGAACAAGGAGUUUUUACUUAGACAUGGCAGAGGAAGGUCAUGGGUCUCCUACUGCAGUUUCUCAGAACUUCUGUGAUGAUGAGUCCCCCACUGGAGUUUUACGGGACAGGGAUGCAAGCAAUGCCAAAGACCAGCCCACUGCAAGCAUAACUAGUUCUUGUCAUCAGCCAGAACAACAUACCGAUGAGAAACCAUGCACCUGUGGGAAGUAUGAAUAUAUGACAACUGAAGUACCUCACUUAUCUGAUCAUAAUUAUCCUAUUACUCAUACAGGUGAAAAGCUUCAAAAAUGUGAUCGAGCAAAACACAUGGGAGAGAAACCCUUCGUUUGUGUGGAAUGCGGGUAUAGAACAACGGACGAGAAUUCCUUAUCUGUACAUAUGAGGUAUCAUACUGGUGAAAAGCCCUACAAGUGUGACCAGUGUGAUUAUUCUACUGCACAGAAAGGCAAAUUGAACAGCCAUGAUUGUGAGAAAUCCUAUGUGUGUGGGCAUUGCAGCUUCAGGACAAACUUUAAGACUUUCUUAUCCCAACAUAUGAGAAGUCAUACCAAAGACACACUCUACAAGUGUGAUCAGUGUGACUAUUCUGCAAAACGAAAAUACAACUUGGACAACCACCUAGCAACGCACACCGGUGAAAAACCCUACAAGUGUGGGGAGUGUAGGUUCAGGACACAUGAAAAGUCUCUCUUAUCCCAACAUAUGGAAAUAGUGCAUACCGGAGAAUACAAGUGUAACCUGUGUGACUAUUCUGCAAGACGAAAACGCAGCUUGGACAGCCAUCUAGCAAAGCACACAUAUAAGUGUGACCAGUGUGACUAUUCUGCAGCAAGGGAAUCUGCACUGCGCAUCCAUCUAGCAAAAAAACACGCUGGAGAGAAACCCUACAUGUGUGGGGAGUGUGGGUUCAGGGCAGCCCGGAAAUCUGGCUUAUCCAUACAUAUGAGAAAUCAUACUGGUGUAAAACCCUACAAGUGUGACCAGUGUGAUUAUUCUGCUGCGCAGAGAGCCAAUUUAAUCAGCCAUCUUGCAAAACACACGGGUGAGAAACCCUACAUGUGCGGGGAGUGUGGUUACCGGACACAUCGAAAAGGUCAUUUAACUCAUCACAUGAAAGUACAUACCGGUGAAAGACCCUAUAAGUGUGACCAGUGCGACUAUUCUGCAGCAAAGAAAUCUACGUUGGACAGCCAUCUAGUAUUACACAGUGGAGAGAAGCCCUACAUGUGUGGGGAGUGUGGGUACAGGGCAACUCAAAAGUCUGCCCUAACUUCACAUAUGAGAAAACAUACUCGUGAAAAACCCUUCAAGUGUGACCAGUGUGAUUAUACUGCAGCAACUAAAUCUGCACUUCGCAUCCAUAUGUCCAACCACACUGGACAGAAACGCUACCUGUGCGACAAGUGUGGCUUCAGGGCAUAUGGAAAGUCUCAAUUAACUGUACACAUGAGAACUCAUGUCGUUAAAACACUCUUCAAGUGUGACCAGUGUGAUUUUUCUACUGUACGGAAAGGCAAUUUCAACAGCCAUCUAGCAAAACACGCUAGAGAGAAGAAACCUUUCAAGUGUGACCAAUGUGACUAUUCUACUGUGCAGAAAGGCAAAUUAAACAGCCACCUAGCAAAACACACUGGAGAGAAACCCUACAUGUGUGGGGAAUGUGGACACAGGACAACUAGCAAGCAUAUUUUGUAUGUACAUCUGAGAACACAUACUGGGGAAAAACCCUACAAGUGUGACCAGUGUAAUUUUUCUGCAGCAACAAAACUCUCGUUGAAGUAUCAUCUAAAACACCACACUGGAGUUCAGCCCUACAUGUGUGAUGAGUGUGGAUACAGGGUAUCUCGGAGGUCCCACCUAACCAAGCAUAUCAUGAGACUUCAUGCAAAUGAACAACUGUGACCAGUGUAAUUUAUACCUGCAUAAAAACCGUAUUCAGUCAAGGAAGGAUUGGAGUCGUCUCCUGUAGUGGACUGAUCACUCCUUUGAUUUGAUCUUCCUUUGAUUUGAUACCACUGUUCUGAAUAAAGGGAACUGAUCGGGGAACUGUUUUUAUACUGAAA